GAGGAGGAGGAGGUUCGGCCGACGUUACAGCGGCAGUCACCGGGUGCCUGUACGACGUCGGAAGUUAGCUGUCCGUUCCUGCUUUCUCUGAGAAAUCUGGAAUUUUUUACAACCGUUAACAGGAACAGGUUCAUUGUGCACAGUAAUCAUGGCAGAAGCCCACCAGGCAGUAGCUUUUCAGUUCACUGUUACCCCAGAUGGCAUUGAUCUGCAGCUGUCCCACCAGGCUCUCACUGAGAUCUACCUCUCUGGCGUGCGCUCUUGGAAGAAGCGUAUCAUCAGAGUUAAGAACAGUGUGAUAACAGGGGUAUACCCUGCUAGUCCUUCAUCCUGGCUUUUUGUGGUCAUAGCAAUCCUGGCUACUAUGUACACUCGCUCUGACCCAUCCAUGGGACUCAUAGCCAAGAUACAGGAGCACCUGCCAGUCAGCCAGUCCAUGAGUACACAGUGCCAGGCAGUGGUGUCAGCAGUGCUUUUCAGCACCAUGCUAUGGUUAAUGCUCAUCUUCACUAUGCGCCUGUGCCUCAAGCAGCUCCUCUCCUACCACCGCUGGAUGUUUGAGCAGCAUGGCAAGAUGUCCACCACCACCAAAAUCUGGGUGGCACUGGUGCGAAUCUUUUCUGGCAGAAAGCCUCUGCUCUACAGCUAUCAGGGUUCAUUGCCAAAUCUCCCUGUGCCCACCAUCAAGGAUACAGUCAAGAGGUACUUGGAAUCAGUACGCCCGCUGAUGGAUGAUAAAGACUAUGAACGCAUGACCAAGCUGGCCGCAGAGUUUGAGAGCAGCCUUGGUAACCGUCUGCAGUGGUACCUCAAGCUCAAAGCUCUCUGGGCUUCAAACUAUGUUAGUGACUGGUGGGAGGAAUACGUCUACCUACGGGGUCGAGGCCCAAUCAUGGUCAACAGUAACUACUAUGGCAUGGACUUCUUGUAUGUGACUCCAACUCCCAUCCAGGCAGCUAGGGCAGGCAACAACAUCCAUUCAUUCUUCCUUUACCGCCGUAAACUCAACAAAGAAGAGCUUAAACCAAGUCGUAUACCAGGCACUGUCAUUCCUCUGUGUGCAGCUCAGUGUGAGAGGAUAUUCAACACUACACGCAUUGCUGGAGAGGAGACCGAUACUGUGCAGCAUUGGCAGGACAGUGACUAUAUAGCGGUAUACCACAAAGGGCGCUACUUUCGUCUCAAGGUGUACCAGGCAGGCAGACUCCUGUCUCCAAGGGAGAUUGAAUUCCAGAUUCAGAGGAUCCUAGAUGACCCUUCACCUCCUUCCAAAGGGGAGGCCAAACUUGGGGCCCUGACUGCUGGAGACAGAAUUCCCUGGGCUAAGGCCAGGACGAAGUAUUUCAGCAGUGGGGUCAAUAAACGUUCUCUGGACUGCAUUGAGAGAGCCGCGUUCUUCGUGACCCUUGAUGAUGAAGAACAGGGCAUGUUGGGAGACGACCCGGCAUCUAGUUUAGACCGCUACGCCAAGUCCUUGUUGCAUGGGAAAUGUUAUGACAGGUGGUUUGACAAGUCCUUCACUGUUAUUUACUACAAGAAUGGAAAAAUGGGCGUCAAUGCAGAGCACUCAUGGGCUGAUGCACCGGUGCUGGCACACGUGUGGGAGUACACUCUUGCCACUGACAGUUUCCAGCUGGGUUACAAUGCAGAAGGUCACUGUAAAGGAGACGUGGAUUCGUCUCUGCCACGACCAGUGAAGCUCAGUUGGGAAAUCCCUCCAGAAUGUGAAGAGCAGAUCACUCAGUCUCUGGCUGUGGCCCGUGCGCUGGCUGAUGACGUUGACUUCCAUGUUUUCUCCUUCCAAGAAUUUGGCAAAGGAAAAGUCAAGAAGUGUCGAGUCAGUCCAGACGCCUUCAUUCAAAUGGCUCUUCAGUUGGCCUACUUCAGGGAGCGGGGGACUUUCUUUUUGACAUAUGAAGCCUCCAUGACCCGUCUGUUCAGGGAGGGCAGGACCGAGACUGUUCGCUCCUGCACCAACGAGAGUACCGCCUUCAUCCGAGCGCUGGACGGUGGGGAGGCAGCAGAUGCCUGCAAACGUUUGUUCCGAGCUGCCACAGAAAAGCACCAGUUACUUUAUCGCAUGGCUAUGACUGGAGCUGGCAUCGAUAGACAUCUCUUCUGCCUCUACGUGGUGUCCAAAUACCUCGGAGUGGAGUCUCCUUUCCUGAAAGAGGUCCUGUCUGAGCCAUGGAGGCUAUCCACAAGUCAGACUCCAAUCCAGCAGGUGGAGCUGUUUGACCUAGUGAACCACCCGGAGUAUGUCUCCUGUGGAGGAGGCUUUGGACCAGUGGCAGAUGAUGGCUAUGGGGUGUCCUACUGUGUUCUGGGAGAGAACAUGAUUAACUUCCACAUCUCGUGCAAACACUCGUGCCCAGACACUGAUGCCCAUAAGUUUGGUGAUCGGAUCAGACAGGCCCUGCGUGACCUGCUAAAGCUGCUGAGCCCCAGCCAAACAGAGCCCAACAAAACGGAAGAGAGCCGACCCAAGGUCAAGAAAGAACAGUAGAUACUCAAUCAGAAAAAGUGGUGCAUAAAGGGAACAUGUGCAGGCAUUACAAUAUGAAGUGAAGAAAAGCAGGUUUUUGUCCCUCAUGUAUUGGGAGAAUUUUAUUGCCAGGUAGAUGAUAGUCAGGAGACAGCUCUAGUGGAAAACUGAUAACAAUGGAGUUGAUGUUUUUACUGAAAUGCAUAUUAUUUGUGUCUUUAUAUUAGCUGUGUGAUGGGUGUAUGGAGAGAGAAAGGGCCCACUGAGUGUGGUUUAUUGGUUUUAAUUUAGUUUUAAUAGUCCAAAAAUUUGAAAAGUCCAAAUCUCGAAAUGAAAACUAUAGUGAGGCCAGUACACGUUGUACCUCUCAAUGUUAGGAUAGAAGAUCCUAACUUCACCUUAUUGCAGGGAGUAAUUAAAUACAAAUUUAAAGUAAAUAUACCACUGUCCUCUGUAUUUGGAUCUGUUUGGGAAGUUAGUUUGAUUUUUUUGGAGUAUUGUAUGGAGAGAAAACUGGACUGUUGAGGUGUCAUUUUUUUACCAUCUGAAUGCAACACUGCUGUAACAAUGACAUCAGGUAUUUUAAAAAUGGUGGAAGUCUGUGACUUCUCAGUGUUCAUGUGAUGUGUGUAAAUCUGCUUUUUACAUAAACAAUUAUAAUGCUGUGCUUAGAGUGCCAGGCUGGUUAUACAUGUAGUGAAAAUACAUGACUCAUUUAAAUUCAUUUGUUAUAUCCAGUGCCAUAUUUUUUCCAUGGAGGCUUUGUUUGUAUUCACUAAGUUAAACUUACAAAGUUUAAAAAAAAAAAAAAAAGAAGUACAUUCUGGUUAUUUAACUGCCAUAAAUGUUUUUUAUAUUUUAUUUUUAACCACUGUUUAAAAGCACCAUAACAAUGCAAGCUAUAUUUAUGAAAAUGAUGUGCAAUUAUACACGCAGCACUGCAGGUCAGAUCUGGAUUAGAUGUAAAGUGUGAUACCAGUGACACAGAUUGAUGUUUUUCUCCACUUACUGUUGCCUUUGGUUUUUACUUCAGAUCAGCUUCUCUUAUUAUAUUGUUAUUGUGAGCCUUUUUAAUGCAAUAUUACAAGGAGAAAUAAAAAUAUUCUUAAAGAAAAAA